GCUGCUCCUCCACAAAUGGCUUCUACACUCUGCUGCAGAGCCGACGCCCUUCGAACCAUCUCCUCCUCCGCCACAAUUCGACGCCGUCUCCCCCUGGUGGGAGCAUUCUGCGUAUUCACCUUGGGCAUCUCCAACCUCCUUCCCACUCUCUCCUUCUCCGCCUUCAGAACGGGCACCGCUCAGUCUCUCCCUUUUGCCCCUCUCUUGAGAUCAAAGUUUGGGAGCCAAUCAGAAGGCGUUGGUUCUGUGAGAAUGGAAGGGAGUAGCGAUACUACUGUUCCAAGCAUUGUUGUUUAUGUGACUGUGCCCAGCAGAGAAGUAGGAAAGAAGUUGGCUGAAAGCUUAGUCAGAGAAAAACUUGCAGCCUGUGUUAACCUAGUGCCAGGCAUUGAGUCCAUCUAUGAGUGGAAAGGAGAGGUCCAGACAGAUUCUGAAGAACUUCUUAUAAUCAAGACAAGGCAAUCCCUUUUUGAAGCUUUGACCGCGCAUGUCAAGGCAAACCAUCCAUACGAUGUUCCGGAAGUUAUUGCCUUACCUAUCAACGCAGGCAGUCUCCCGUACCUAGAAUGGAUCAAAAACAGCACAAGGGACUGACUCAAAGCUUCUUAUAACGGAUCGAGUACAUAGAACCGUUGGAGUGUUUCUUGAAGGAGGCAAGCAGAUGGUUCGAAUGGUGUUUAUCUAUGUGUAAGUAUGUGUGCAAAUAAAACAAGCUGCAUGAUGUUUUCAUAGUGGUACAGUUGAAACCAGGAAUUACUUAUCGCUGUCGGGUUUCCUGUCGGUUUUUCUAAGAUGAUAUAUGGACUUUAUAUCAGUUAAAUGUACCCCUCCAUGGCAUUGUGCGUC